AUGCUCGAAGUCCUAGUGCUGAAGAUUGAAGAUCCAGGUUGCUUCUGGGUUAUUAUAAAAGGAUGUAGUCCCUUUUUAGAUCAUGAAGUCGACUACCAAAAACUAAAUACUGCCAUGAAUGACUUUUAUAACAGCAUGUGUCAAGAUAUAGAAAUAAAGCCAUUAAUAUUGGAAGAAGGGCAGGUUUGUGUGGUUUAUUGUCAGGAACUAAAGUGCUGGUGCAGGGCUGUUAUUAAGUCAAUCAUAUCUUCAGCAGACCAUUACCUGGCAGAGUGUUUCCUUGUGGAUUUUGCCAAAUACAUUCCAGUAAAAUCUAAAAACAUCCGGGUUGCAGUAGAAUCUUUUAUGCAGCUUCCCUAUAGAGCAAAGAAAUUCAGACUGUAUUGCACAAAACCUGUUACAUUACACAUUGACUUCUGUGAAGACAAUGCUGAAAUUGUCCCUGCCAAAAAGUGGGAUAGUGCAGCAAUCCAGUACUUUCAGAAUAUUCUAAAAGCAACUACCCAGGUGGAAGCCAAAUUAUGUGCUGUGGAAGAAGAUACUUUUGAGGUCUACCUUUAUGUAACAAUAAAAAAUGAAAAAGUUUGUGUGAACGAUGAUCUGGUUGCAAAGAACUUUGCUUGCUAUGUAUCUCCCACAGAGAAGAAAAACCUUGAUGCUUUAGAGAAACCAAGGUUGGAUAUAAAGUCAGCUUCUUUCUCCAGUAAACUCAAUCCAGCCCUUACUCUUUGGCCAAUGCUAUUGCAAGGAAAAGAUUUUCAAGGAAUGAAAAAUAGAGCUGAAAAAUAUAAUAGGGAUUCUAUGAGAGACUCACCUAAAAAGAAAUCUGAAAAGAAGCAGCAGUGCAUCUCUUUAAAAGAUGUAAAUAAGUGUGUGGAAUCUUCAGCAUGCUGGCCAACGAAAAGAGGCAUAACCAUAUAUGCUGAUCCAGAUAUCCCAACAGCAAGUUCUUUAAGUCAGAAGCCAAAUGAGAAACCACUUAGAUUGGCUGAGAAGAAAGAAUAUGAUGAGAAGAAUGGCUGUGUGAAAUUACUGCAAUUUUUAAAUCCUGAUCCUUUGAGAGCUGAUGGAAUCUCUGAUCUGCAGCAGUUGCAGAAAUUGAAGUCAGGCAUGCAGCAGCCUGUCAUGGUGCUCCGGAACAGGAUUGAUCCCUGCCUGACCAUCGACACGUCACCACUGUCUGCAGACCUGAAAAAGGCUCUUCAAAGAAAUAAGUUCCUGGGACCCAGUCACACUGAAUCUUACUCUUGGCCUCCCAUAGCACGUGGCUGUGAUGUGGUUGUCAUUUCUCACUGUGGAAAUGACCCUUUGUUGUACCUCCCACCGUUGCUUACGAUUUUGCAAACGGGGGGCUGCUACAAGUCAUUACCAAGUAGAAACGGACCUCUUGCAGUCAUCGUGUGCCCAGGGUGGAAAAAGGCCCAAUUUAUUUUUGAAUUACUGGGCGACUAUAGCAUGUCCUCCAGGCCUCUUCAUCCUGUGUUAUUAACAAUUGGACUUCACAAAGAUGAAGCCAAAAACAUGAAGCUUCCAAGGGGGUGCGAUGUGAUUGUCACAACACCACAUAGCCUCCUGAGACUUCUCACAUACCAAAGCUUGUUAUUUCUUAGACUUUGUCAUCUAGUGUUGGAUGAGGUGGAAGUGUUAUUCCUUGAAGCUAAUGAGCAGAUGUUUGCUAUAUUAGAUAACUUUAAAAAAAAUGUUGAAGUUGAAGAAAGGGAAUCUGCACCACAUCAGAUCAUUGCGGUUGGCAUUCAUUGGAGCAGACAUAUAGAACAUCUAAUCAGAGAGUUCAUGAAUGAUCCCUACAUUGUGAUUACAGCCCCAGAGGAGGCUGCUCUCUAUGGCAACGUCCAACAGGUCGUGCAUCUUUGCCUAGAAUGUGAAAAAACCUCAACUUUACUCCAAGUUCUUGAUUUCACUCCAAGUCAGGCACAAAAGACCUUGAUCUUUACUUGUUCUGUAGCUGAAACAGAAAUAGUGUGUAAGGGUUCUCCUGCAGAGCAGGGAGAUAAAAAAACCAAAUCUGUCCUACUGCUAACGGAGAGAAAUGCGAGCCAUGCAGUUGGUGUUCUGCGCUACUUGGAGAGAGCAGAUGCCAAAAUCCCAUCAGAGCUGUAUGAGUUCACCGCAGGGGUCCUAGAAGCCAAAGAAGACAAAAAAGCCAGAAGACCUCUUUGUUCAUAUCUUAAGGCUUUUGGAUUUUGCAAAGACAAAAGGAUCUGUCCUGACAGACACCAUAUUAAUCCAGAAAUAGAUAUGCCAAGGAAAUUAUCCAACCAAGCUCUACCAAUGUUUGGAUAUAUUAAAAUAAUACCUUUUUAUAUUUCAAAUGCAACAAAUUACUUCGGUCGUAUAAUUGAUAAACAUGUGGAUCUUUAUGCAAUUCUCAAUGCUGAAAUGAAUGAGUAUUUUAAAGAUUCCAGUAAUAAAACGACUAUCAAAAAGGUGGAAAAUUUUGGAUUGUAUGGACUAGAAGAAAAAACACUUUUUUACAGGGUCCAGGUGUUGGAGAUGUGCCAAAAAGAAGACACUUGGGUCCUGGAUAAUAUCCUUAUAAAGUUCAUAGAUGAAGGCAGGACUGGACUUACCACAAGAAACCAGCUGUUGCAUCUCCCAGAACAUUUCCACACUCUUCCUCCUCAGGCCGUGGAGUUUAUUGUAUGUAGAGUGAAACCUGCUGAUGGUGAAAUUGAGUGGAAUCCAAAGGUUACCAGGUACAUUCAUCAUAAAAUUAUUGGAAAAUUGCAUGAUGCAAAAGUGGUACUGGCUUUGGGAAACACAGUUUGGAUUGAUCCGAUGGUACAUGUUACAAAACUUUCAAAUUUGAAAACUUCUGUCAUUGAUUAUAAUGUUCGAGCUGAAAUUUUGUCUAUGGGAAUGGGCAUUGACAAUUCGGAACACAUAGAACAACUGAAAAAAUUAUACAAAGGAGCUAAAAUGCCAACUUUUGAAGCACACAUAAGCCAACCUCGGACACCUCCAUUAGUAGAAGAUGCUGCUUGUCUGCAGGACACACAGCAAGAGGACAGGAAUGCAGAAAAAGGAGCUGGCUCUGAGUUGAACUCAGAGAACCUAAAGCCUGACACUUCAUCUGAAGACACAGGAGCUGCUCCCGUUAGCAAAAGCGCACAGCCACACCUGAAAAGCUUUCACCCACAAGUAAAGUGGUUCCAAAAAGAAGAUGUYGUCAUCUUGAAAAUAAGAAUAAGGAAUGUAAAAGAUUACAAAUGUAAAUACUUCAGAGAUAGAGUCAUUUUCAGUGCCUGGGUGGGAGACAAAUUUUACUUGGCUGAUAUGGAGCUACAGGCCAACAUAAGAAAAGAUGAAUGCAAGUGUGUAAUUAAAAAUGAGGAGCCUGUAAUCACACUUGCAAAAGAGAAAAGAGAAUCCUGGUGUAACUUACUCAAACAGAGGAAUCCUAAUGUGGCAUUUGACUUUGAUCACUGGGAAGAAUGUGAGGAAGAAGGCCCUUUCUCCAAGAUCAUAAAUUCUAAAAACCUGUCCUGCAAAGUGGCAGAGGUGGUUGAAAACAGUGACAUCACUUCGGAGGAUGACGGAAGUGAGAGUGAAUGA